AUGGCUGCCACCGCUUUCUUCGCCACCACGUCGUUCGUCAACUAUGGCCGCUCCGGUUACAACAAGGGCAACUCGGAUGACGACGAGGAGGAGAACAAGCUUCGCGAUUACGGCCGCUCCGGCUACAACAAGGAUGACAAGGAUGAUGAGGAGGACAAGCAACACUAG